CCCCAGAGGAGGCUCUAUCUCCUAGCUAUGGCUCCCUGGGUCAAACAGGGCAUAACAUUACACCCGGGGACAAAAAUCCUUUUUCAGUUGGAGAAGUUGGUGAAAUGAGGAAAAUGUAGGAUGCAGGAAGAUACCUAAAUAGAAUCUGGUAGAGUCUUGUGCACUGAAAGUUUUGGGAAGAAGAGCAGUGGACACCUAGAAAGAGGCAUCAGGCUUGAGGCCCAAGAAGAAUGGCUGACGCCUUCAGUACUCCUAUGAGUGCCCUGCAGUGUCCCCCCAGUUCAGCUGUCAUGGAUCAGCACCUGUAUCCCCUUGACCAGCCUGAAGACCUGCUUCACACAGGUCCCCAACAGGGAAUCUUGCAAGUGCCUCUGAUGUUGAGCUUGCCCACACCAGUCAUCAAUAUGUCCUGUAUUCCGGUGACUCUGAACCUUCAAAUGACCCCUUCUUUCUCAUGGAAUCCCAGCCAGCCCAUGACUAUUCCCUGCCUGUUCCCUAAUAUGAUCAUGCAGCCCAGUACCAGCACUGCCGCCCCUGUCAAGCUGGCACAGGUCCUGGACUCCAACAUCUCUUCCCAGCACCCUACCACUGCUAACCAGGUUCCUGUCAUCUGGGCCCAGAAUAACACGUUCAACCAGGUCCCUGAAGUCUACACCCAGGGCCCAGUCGUCUCCACCCAGGGCAGCUCAUCUGCUGAGGAACACAGGCAGAAGGUCAUGGAUGCUGCCGAAGCUCUCCUGAUUCUGCAUAACUCCCGGGAGGCACUGCAAGAGACUAGCACCACCCCAGGUCCUGAUGGAGAGUGAAGACUGAGGCUAUCCUGCCUGUCCUUGUCACCUCAGGCCACAAGCUCAGCUUCACUGACCGACAACUGGUCAUCAGGUUCGCACCUCAGUCUGUCACUAAGAGAGCUAAAAAGGUGGCCUCAUGGAGGACUGCCUGCUUUGUUUCUGUUUCUUAACUUGUAAUGUAGUUCCUGGCCAAAAUCAGAAACUCCUCCUUCAUGCUUUUGCAUUGUAGGGUCUUCAACACCUUAGCGCGAGGUUAGGAAAAUUUUCUAACUGUGGUUGUGUGCUCUCAACCUUGCAUUAAUUUUUUUUUCUUGGAAGACUUGGAUCUUUCUGGGUGUCAUUAAUACUGCACCACAUAGCAUAUUUUGAACUGUCUGUUCACAAUGUUCUGAGCUUAUUCCUAAGGCAGCAUUUCUUUUCUUCUCUAUUUUUUAUUUUCUUUUGUCUCAUCAUGGUUUGCAUACGUGGCUAAUCUUUUGUGUAGCCAUGCAUUUACAUACAUCAGAAUGCUCACCCGUGCCUCAGAUACUGGACAUGAGAGCCUGAAUAAAGUAUCCCUGUGGUAAAGC